AUGUCGCACCGUGAAUCGAUGGCCAUCGACGUUCCAGAGUCAAGCGCGGGGGCGAAAGGAAAGGCGCCUCUCAUUGCAACAACUGCGGCUGCUCUGGGUGGAUACAAGAAGGGAAUUGCCAUAAUGGACUUCAUUUUGAGGAUUUGUGCUAUGAUCUCUGCUUUAGCUGCUUCUGCUGCUAUGGGAACUAGUGAAGAGACUCUUCCUUUCUUCACUCAGUUCUUCCAAUUCCAAGCUAGUUACGACGAUCUCCCCACUUUCUCGUUUUUCGUCAUAGCAAUGGCACUAGUUGCAAGCUACUUGGUCCUUUCCCUUCCAUUCUCUAUUGUAUCAAUCAUCCGGCCGCACGUGGCUGGACCAAGGCUUCUCCUCCUCAUCUUGGACACUAUUGCACUGAGUCUUGCCACUGCUGGAGGUGGAGCAGCUACUGCCAUAGUGUACUUAGCUCACAAUGGCAAUGCAAACACAAAUUGGCUCGCUAUUUGUCAACAAUUUGGUGAUUUUUGCCAGAAAGCCAGUGGCGCUGUGGUGGCUUCUUUCAUUACUGCUGUUAUCCUGUUGUUUCUGGUCGUAAUGUCUGGUUUUGCUCUUCGAAGGCAGUAA